AGGGGGAAAAAACCGGCUAAACCCCCAACCGGUGGCCAUCUUUGUGUUUUCAUUAUCGACAAAGAUAUAUAUAAGGGGACAAAGAUUUGGAGAAAAUUAGGGUUUCUAAAUUAGCCAAAGAGAAGAGAAUUAUCAGAAAGAAAGGAAAAAAAAAUGGAGUUCGAAGAUCAAGACGACCAAACGGAAGAAAUCGAGCUGCUGCCGGAAAUGCCAAACCCGACGGUGGCAAUCGACGCGCCGCCGCAGCAGCAGAGGAAGCCCCGCUACCGUGAGUGCCUCAAGAACCACGCCGUCGGCCUCGGUGGCCACGCCGUGGACGGCUGCGGCGAGUUCCUCCCCGCCGGCCCCGACGGCUCCCUCGACGCCCUCAAGUGCGCCGCCUGCAGCUGCCACCGCAACUUCCACCGCAAGGAAACCGACUCCUCCUCCUCUCCCUCCUCCGCCGCCAACGACGCAGCAGCCGCCGCGGCCUUCAACUUCUCUCCCCACCCCCACUUCCUCCUCCCCCACCACCACCCCCAGCAGUUCCCUCCGUACUACCGCACCCCCUCGGGGUACCUCCACGUGGCCCCGCCCCGCCCGCUGGCGCUGCCGUCGAACUCCGGCGGCCCCGGAGGGUCUUAUAGCCGUGAGGACGAGGAGGAUAUGUCGGGUCUGAAUAAUAAUAAUACGAGUAGCGGUGGAGGAGGGUCGGGGGCCGGGGGGAAGAGGUAUCGGACCAAGUUCACGGCGGAGCAGAAGGAGAGGAUGCUGGAGCUGGCGGAGAAGCUGGGGUGGAGGAUUCAGAAGCACGACGAUGAGGUGAUUCAGGCGUUCUGCAACGAGACCGGGGUGAAGCGGCACGUGCUCAAGGUGUGGAUGCACAACAACAAGCACACCUUGGGUAAGAAACCCUAGGGGAAAAAAAAGGUAACCAUUUAGUCGAUCAUUGUUCCGGUGUCUUUAAUUGCGGUAUCGGAGUUCGUAUCCAUAAGACUGGUAUCGGUGAUACAGUCAUAUGUCGGCAACCGAGUUGAUAUGGUAUCAAAAAGUGUAGUUACUUACGUGACGGUCGAUACGAUAUGCAAUUGCCGGAGCAGUGUUUAGCUUUCGUUUUAGAUAUUGGGGGUAAGAUUCUAGACUAGAGUCUUCGCUCCGGAUUCUAGUAUUAGUUUUAGGUCUCUCUUUUUUUCAUUUUUCUUUUUUGAAAUGUUUUUUUUUUUUUCCGGUCUCUUGUUUUUUUUUUUAAUUUAUGUUGUGUUGGGAGUAGGGAUGUUGUUGUGUCUAUAUAAAAUACAUAUUAUUUGGUGAUUUUCCAAA